CGUCACCUCUGUUCGGGUUUGCGUGUCAAACAUGGCGGCAUCCAUGGCAUCCCAGGCUGCAGCGAGAGGACUGAGGACAGCUACCUCGAAGCACAUACUUCUCGACAAAGUCAAGUGUACCUGGUCGAGUCCCAGAAGAUGGCUGAAUCUACAAGAGUACCAGAGCAAGAAGCUGAUGCAGGAGGGCGGCGUCGCCGUCCAACGCUUCUAUGUAGCUGACACAGCUUCUGAGGCCCUGGAGGCUGCGAAGAGACUGAAUGCCAAGGAGAUCGUGCUGAAAGCUCAGAUUCUGGCCGGUGGGAGAGGAAAGGGUGUGUUUGACAGUGGCCUUAAAGGUGGAGUGCACUUAACUAAGGACCCUGCGGUGGUUGGUGAGUUGGCCAAUAAGAUGCUGGGUUUCAACCUCACUACUAAGCAGACACCAAAAGAUGGAGUGAAAGUAAAAACGGUGAUGGUUGCAGAGGCCCUGGACAUUACCAGGGAGACGUACUUUGCCAUCCUAAUGGACCGAUCCUGUAAUGGUCCUGUCAUGGUAGGAAGUCCCCAGGGAGGUAUGGAUAUCGAGGAGGUGGCCGCCAGCACCCCAGAACUCAUCUUUAAGGAAGUCAUAGACAUAUUUGAAGGCGUGCGAGAUGACCAGGCACUUCGCAUGGCGACUAAUCUGGGUUUCAAAGGACCUCUGCAGAGACAGGCAGCGGAUCAGAUUAAGAGGCUCUAUGAUCUGUUCCUGAAAGUCGACGCCACUCAAGUUGAAGUCAAUCCUCUCGGAGAGACUCCCGAAGGACAAGUGGUUUGCUUUGAUGCCAAGAUCAACUUUGACGACAACGCCGAAUUCCGCCAGAAAGCCGUGUUUGCCAUGGACGACAUGACUGAGAGCGACCCCACAGAGGUGCAGGCGGCCAAGUGGGACCUCAAGUAUAUCGGACUGGAUGGAAACAUCGCCUGCUUCGUGAAUGGAGCCGGUUUAGCCAUGGCCACGUGUGACAUCAUCGACCUGCACGGGGGAAAGCCGGCUAACUUCCUGGACCUGGGGGGCGGAGUCCAAGAGAGACAGGUGUAUGAGGCUUUUAAGCUGCUCACCGCUGACCCAAAGGUGGAAGCCAUACUCGUGAACAUCUUUGGGGGAAUCGUCAACUGCGCCAUCAUCGCCAAUGGAAUCACCAAAGCCUGUCGAGAGCUGGAGCUGAAGGUGCCGCUCGUGGUCAGGCUCGAAGGGACCAACGUCCACGAGGCGAAGAGGAUUCUGGCCGAGAGCGGCCUGCCCAUCACCGCAGCCGACGACCUGGAUGACGCCGCCAGGAAGGCCGUGGCCGCCAUCAAGAAAUAGCGACCUCACCGCCAUCCGUCCGUCCCCCUUCUAUGCCACGCUGUGCGUCACAGCCACAGAUCAUCACCAUCAGCCUUCCACUACAAAUCCACACCUCCGGACGCCUUUCCUCUCAUAGGCCUUUAUUCUUUUUUCUUUUUUUUGCUUAACCCCAUCCUACAUUUUUUACUUCCUUUAAAUGCAAAUCACCGAGCUGUUAUAUAUAAGCAGCUAUAACACCUUUCUGAAUCCUUUACUCCCGUUUCCUCUGUGCAGUGCAAAUUGUAGCUGCUUUUAAUUUCUUUAAUAAUUUUUUGUCAUUAAUACUAAUCGGGGCGAAAACGGCUCAUAUUUUCAGAAUCGUUAUUUACUUUACAUCAUGGAAGUCAGCGCAGAGCAUCUGAGAGAGCUCGGAUGGAGACGCGACACUCGUGUGCAUUCCUUUUUCUAAGUCUAAAGCGCCCCCCCCCCCCCCCCCACCCAGUUUUCUCUCGUAUUCUCUGAUAUUAACUGGGAGACAUGUUUUCCAUGUUCAUAUCCAGCCUCGGCGCGAAGUUAAAUGCAGGAUUCGACAGGAGCGCGUCGGUAAACUGUGAAUCCAGUCCGGGGCAAGUUGCCGAUCAGUCGGCCUGUUAACGUCAUCACCUCAUAGAAAGCCUUAUUUUCGUCUCUACAGGGGCAGAUGAUGUGCCCCCUCUGGGAAUCAUGUCUUACAUUGAAGUGCUGUGAAAACUAAAUAGAAGAAAAACAAAUAAAAAUAAUCGUCCUUACCUCUUUUUUUUUUUUUUUUCCUUUUUUAAUAAUCGUGAAUGUAUGUCGUCAUGGCAUCUGAAGGACGGUGUGAUCACUGUGUACAUGAUUACAGAGAUUAAAGAGAAAUGUUUUCA